AUGGUUUGUGCUCAAGUAAUGAAAAAAAAGGCGAAAGGAAAUGUGGUUGACUAUCGUUUCGAAGGGAUUUUUAGUGAUCCACGUUUCGAUUCACUCUCUACUAAGCGAAAAAAAGUUGUGAUUGAUGAAAGGUUCAAAGAUGCCCUAAAAAGUAAGAAGUUUCAAGCCAGAAAUGCUGUGGAUAUGAGAGGACGUCGUUUAAAUCUUGGUUUUACAAAUGAUUUGAAUAGUUUAUAUCUGAUGGAAUCAGAUGAUGAAGAAGAAGUACUAAAGAAACUCCGAUCAAAGAAAAAAACCGAGGCCAAUUCGUGCGAUAUUCCCAAGACAAAAAUGGAGAUGGUGAUGGAGGAUUCACGGUCUGAGCAAGGUUCUGAUUCUGAUGGGAGCAAAAUUAAAUUGGAUUUGGCACGUGGCAUAGGAAAUAUAUUAUCUAGCGACGAAGACUCAGUUACUGAUGAUGGGUUUGAUAGCAAAGAUGACGAAGAGGAGCACAAUUGGGGUGAAUUGGAUAAAGAAGCAAAGCAUGUGAAUUGGAUUUCCAAGAGGUUAGCGUUAUGUAAUAUGGACUGGGACCAGGUUAAUGCUUCAGAUAUUUUUGUAUUACUUCAAUCAUUCAAACCACAACCUCCAGCAUCAAUUCUCUCAGUCACCAUUUAUAUUUCCAAUUUUGGGAAGAAGAGAUUAAUAGAAGAAGAAAAAUCGGGGCCAAAGCUUUCAAAAUUAAAAAAAUAUUUAAUGGACGAAGAAGAAGCUAAAACGCGUGAGGUGUUUCGUUCUUAUCAGCUCGAACGUAUGCGAUAUUAUUAUGCGAUUAUUGACUGCGAUUCACCCAAAACGGCUUCUGUUUUAUAUGAUUCUUGUGAUGGAAUUGAAUUCGAAAGUAGCGCAGUACGUUUAGAUCUCCGAUUUGUGUCUGAUGAAACAAGUUUCGAGGACUGCGAUGUUAAAGAAUGUGUUACUGAAGAAAUGGUUGAUCUAAAGAGGUUCAAACCAAAGACAUUUGAAACGAAUGCUUUAUCAAAAUCUAAUACGAAGUUAACAUGGGACGAGAAUGAUCCACAGCGUAUCAAGAUUAUCCGUGAAGCCUUUAAUCCAGCUGCUGAUUUAGAUGAUUUUCAGAAUGCCCUUAUAGCCCCUUGCUCAUCUGAUGAAGAAAACAGUGAAGUCGAUGGUAAGAAUAUAAAACUUUUGUUGGAUGAAGCAAAAUUUUCAAGAGAACUGAAACCAGUAAAUGGAUUGGAAAUAACUUGGGAACCACCAACUGGCGAUACGAUGGAUGCGAAUAUUGUUAAAGCUGAAGUUAAAAAAAAUUCUGCACCAACGCCAUGGGAAUCGUACCUACAAAAACGGAAAGAAAGGAGGAAGGAACGAAAAAGGCUAGCAGUUGAAAUGCGUAAGAAUCGCAGGAUUGAAAUACAAGAAGGUAAUGAAUGUCUGAAGUAUUCGAAUUCUAUUGUAAAAAGACAAUCGUUGAACAGAUCGAAUGAGGAUGAUAAUUUAAUUGAUGAUAAAAGAUUUUCUGCAUUAUAUUCCAACAGUGCUUUUGCAAUUGAUCAGACGAAUCCGCUAUAUAAAGUUACGAAACUAAUAAAUAUACAAGUUGAGGCCAAACGAAAGGUAAUAUCUGAAGAAAAAGGAGAUGAUAUGAAAAUGGUCGCAGAAAAACUUAAAAAGAAAAUUGAAUGGAUUAAAAAACAGUAG